UCGUGUGUCGUUCGCUAAGCAAAUUAAGCGUUAGAAACGUUAGUGAUGCUCCCUUACGAGACUCCUAAUAUUUUUAAGAGGAAGCCAAUUUACGCCUUUCGAGUGGUUCCUAAUCAAAAGGAGAAAUUCGAAACUAACGAACUUUUUCGCAAAUUAAGUCACGAGAGCGAGGUCAGAUACAUAGGAUAUCGGGACAAAGUGGCCGAGGAGAGGAAAACCCUGUUCCAAAACGAAUGCCGCGAAGGGAGCAUCGAAGUGUCGUUUAUAGGCACAGGUACGAACAUACCUUUGAAGUUCAGACCCUGUUCUAAUGGAUACAGCGACGGAUGCGACUUUGACAUCGAAAAUGGAAAGGUGCACAUCCGUUCCAGAUUCAUCAUGGACGGGGUCUGUGUCAGAUGGAGGGGAUGGCUCAAUUUGGAUCGCCUGGACGGGAUGGCCUGUUUGGAGUACGAUGAAGAAAGAGCUCAGGAAGAACACGCUUUACUGAUCGAAAAAAUCGAGAGGAAUCAGUAUCUGAGAUCAUUAAACGAGAACCAGCUCCUACUGUACAGGACACAACAGGAAUUAAAAGUCGAGUGCGAAAUGGAGGCUAGAAGACAGCAAGGAAGAACCGAAUCGAAUUCCGCAACCUCCACUAAUUCCAAUUAGUUUCUACAGAAGUAGACUCCAUCAUUGUGUAUAUAUUUAAGUAUAAUAAGUUACGGCUUAUUACUCCUUAUAUUUUCAUUAUUAUUAUACCAAGAGCCGGCGUGUACAGUAUUUAUGGUUAAGUUAUAACGAGGAUUGAUCCCCCGAGUAUCCGGUCACGAGGGAGGAAGAACACCGACUGAGCUGUUGUGUUGCGGUCAAAGGUCGCAUUCGCUGCUGCCUUUUGUGUAGUUAGGUCAGCGCUGACCACCGCCCGUCACACUUCCUAUCUGUUACAAUGUAGUGUAACUUAUGCAGUGUUAUGGCUUAGACGUGUGUAUUAUGUACUGUACGUUCCAGAGAUUUUUAUAUAUAUAUAAAAUAUAUAGAAAUACUCCUGAUUUUUGGUUUCUUCAACGGAUUAUCUACGUCAUACUUACAUAUUUAAAAUUGUUCGUUCGGCGUAAGGAGUGCCGGAAAUGACGUUUUAAAUUAAUUAACUACCUUCGAGUCGCGUCGCGUCGCUUUCCUUGGAGCGCGAAUUCGCGCUCCAAGCGUUGUUGGAGUUGAUAUCGCUGUCAUUUAUAUACAUAAAAGUUUCUAACGUGUUCGAGAAUAUUUUCUACAGUUUGUUUUUUUACUCUUGAAAAGAAACUCAGAAUUUAAUACGUUAUUUAACGCGUGUCGCGUACGGACUAUACAGCGACCUACUUUCAAAACUAAUUUCUUCUCGUUGUUAAUUAUUAUUAAUUUUCUUUAAACAUUAACUAUAAUUUAGAAAAUACUUAUCAAAAUUGCCUGCUUUUAAAAAAAUAAAGGAAUAUUAAUUAUU